GAAACACACAAUAUACUCCUAUCCAAAUUGUCCAUUAUAAAAUAUGAGUAGAAGAAGUGUAAUGUAUUUGACGAAAACUUAUCGAAAGAUAUUGGGCAAUAUCAUGAGUUCCUUUAGCCCCAUCGGAAUAUUCAUGAUUAUCAUAUUCCUUUCACUCUUUUCAUCUUAUUACAGCCAAGUUAUCAAUAAUACUCCUACUACUACCACCAAUAUUAACGAUUGCCUCCCUAAUAACAACGAUAAUCCUGAAUAUCUAUAUCGGAUAUACGUGUCGGAUGAUCUUCCAGCAAAUGAUCCCGAGAUUUUAUUGGCUCAUUGCUCUAGACCCAAUCAAGAUAUUGGGGAGAGAAUGAUGAAAGCUACUGAGUAUUUUGACUGGGCAACUGUAUGGAAAGAUUUUCCGAGGGAGGAUGAAUUCUCGUGCUAUUUCAGGUGGCACAGUAAAAAGAUAACCAUUUCCGCCUUCAACCCUCACUUCGCCGUUGACGGCUUCUGUGGUUCCGGACAGGAAGUUAACAUUUGUUAUUGGUCGGUGAGAAUUGAUGGUUUCUACAUUGCAAAUGUGUCUUCGCCUCCUGAACAGGUUAUAAACAAACUAAAAUCGUCAAAACACAUCAAAAGAUUAGGCGAGAUGGGUUCUUUUAACCCCGUCGGAUUGAUGAUCAUCAUCUUGUUUUCACUCUUUUCAUCUUAUUACAGCCAAGCUAAUAAUAGCCCUACGACCACCAACAAUAUUAAUGAUCACCACCCUAAUAACAACGAUCUUGAAUAUCUCUAUCGAAUAUACGUCUCGGAUGAUCUUCCAGCAAAUGAUCCAGAGAGUUUAGUGGCUCAUUGUGCAAGACCUAAUCAAGAUGUUGGGGAGAAAUUUAUGAAAGCCACCGACAUAUUUGACUGGUCAACUAUAUGCAAAAUGUAUACAGAGGAGCCGGAAUUCUCGUGUUAUUUUAGGUGGCACGGUAAAGAGAUAACCAUUCCCGGCUUCAACGCUCACCUUGCCUUUGACGGUUUUUGUGGUUCCGGACAGGAAGUUAACAUUUGUUAUUGGUCGGUGAGAGCAGAUGGUAUGUACCUAGCGAAUGUGACUUCACCUCCAGAACAGUUCUUCCAGAAACUGAACCCUUGGUGAUUCAAUCAAUCUUACGUUUGAAUGUGGUUUCGUAAGAUUAAUUUGGAGGGAGGAUAUAUUGAUAAUGUCUUAAUUGAUAGGUCCUUAUAGGGAGGACAAAAUUUAAGCUACUUCAUUACUUCUCCUAGGUUUAUGUUUACCAAACAUAUCACUUCACUACUUAAUGGAAAAUGAUGUGCACUCAUAUAUAUGAUUUGUA